AUGUCGGUGCCCCAUGGACCCACCCCUGCUCCUGUCGCAGAGCCUCACACCCAGGAGCCAGGCUCGGACAAGAGAGACGGUCGCCUCUCAGUCUGUACGAAGGUGUGCUAUGGCAUUGGUGGUGUCCCCAACCAGGUGGCCUCCAGCGCCUCAGCCUUCUACCUGCAACUCUUCCUACUGGAUGUGGCCCAGAUCCCCGCUGCCCAGGUGUCACUUGCCUUGUUUGGAGGGAAGGUGUCUGGGGCAGUUGCAGACCCUGUGGCUGGCUUCUUUAUCAACAAGAGCAGAAGGACGGGGUCUGGACGGCUAAUGCCUUGGGCGCUGGGCUGCAUGCCCUUAAUCGCACUGGCCUACUUCUUCCUGUGGUUCCUGCCCCCAUUCACCAGCCUUCGUGGGCUCUGGUAUACCAGCUUCUACUGCCUGUUCCAGGCCCUGGCUACGUUCUUCCAGGUGCCCUACACCUCGCUCACUAUGAUCCUCACCCCCUGCCCCAGGGAGCGAGACUCUGCCACCGCAUACCGGAUGACCAUGGAGAUGGCAGGGACACUGAUGGGAGCCACUGUCCACGGGCUCAUUGUGUCUAGCGCCCAUGGGUCCCAGAGGUGUGAGGAUACUGUGCACCCCAGGAGUACUGCUGUCUCCCCAGAUGUAGCUCGCCUCUAUUGUAUUGCAGCUGCUGUGGUUGCCUUGACUUAUCCUGUGUGUGGCAGUCUGCUGUGCCUAGGGGUGAAGGAGCAGCCAGCUGCUUCUGCCCCAGCCUCAGGUCAAGGCCUGAGCUUCUUCACGGGCCUGGCCAUCACUUCCCGGCACCCACCCUACCUGAGCCUGGUGGUGUCCUUCUUGUUCAUCUCAGCUGCCGUCCAGGUGGAACAAAGUUACCUGGUUCUCUUCUGUACACACGCCUCUAAGCUCCAAGAUCAUGUCCAGAACUUGGUGCUAAUCAUUCUGGUCUCAGCUGUGCUGAGCACCCCAUUGUGGGAGUGGGUUCUCCAGCGAUUUGGGAAGAGGACAACUGCAUUCGGCAUCUGUGUGAUGGUGCCCUUUUCCAUCUUGUUGGCUGCUGUGCCCUCAGCCCCGGUGGCUUAUGUUGUGGCCUUUGUCUCUGGCGUGAGCAUUGCUGUGUCCCUGCUGCUACCUUGGUCCAUGCUUCCAGACGUGGUGGAUGACUUUCAGCUGCAGCAGCGGCGUGGCCCAGGCGUGGAGACCAUCUUCUACUCAUCCUACGUCUUCUUCACCAAGCUGUCAGGCGCAGUCGCCCUGGGCAUCUCUACCCUCAGUUUGGAGUUUGCAGGGUAUGAGGCAGGAGCCUGCCAGCAAGCAGAAGAAGUGGUGGUCACUCUCAAGGUCCUCAUAGGUGCUGUGCCCACCUGUAUGAUCCUUAUUGGCCUGUGCAUCCUCCUGGUUGGCCCCACUCCCAAGAUGCCACGUCAGGACACUUCCUCCCAGCCAAGCCUUCGGAGGAGGACUAGCUACAGCCUUGCCUGA